AUGAUGCAAGGACGGCAGAAACAGUCCAAGCAGGAGCUCUUAGGCUUUCCGAUGAUGACGACUCCCGAGGUGCUUGAAUGCCUCGGCGCGCUGGGCAUCAAUGUUCACGCCGACGACCUCCAGAAGCCAACACCCCAGUCAACACAAGCCAUCUGGGCCGCCCUUCUGGAAGCUCUCACCGGAACACCGGUCGAGAUGUUUGAGGGUCCCAAGGCGACGCUCCUCGGGAUGAUGCAGUACAGGGAACUGUACGGCGACUCACUCCAGUUCCUCAUCCUUUACCGUCAUUGUCGUCAACUCGCUCUUCUAUGUGGUCUCAAGUCUUUCACCACCACUGACUUGACGCGCCCCGACCCACACCGCCUGCGCACCGUCCUGAGCGGCGUCAUGAACUUUGCCAAGUUCCGCGAAGACAAACAGGGCCUGCACUUGGCGCUCUCGCAGCGCGCACACGGCGAGAUGGACCGUGCUGUCGACCUCAGGCGCAAGCUGGACAGGGUCGAGGCUGCUAUCGGCGACAUUGCGGCCAAGAACGCAGACGAGGCGCCCAAAAUGGAGGCAGCAAGGGCACGAAACAAUGCCCUCCAUGCUGAGCUCCUCCAGAUGCACUCGUCACAUCGCGAGACUGCAGACACAUACGAACGUCUGAAGCAGGAACGUGCGGGCUUAUCACAGGACGUUGCCGACACUGCCCGCGAGCUCGGACAGGUUCAGCAGCAGAUCCGUGAGGCAAAGUCCCGUCUCGUCCGCUCCCCCGAACGCCUCAAGCGCCACCUCUCCGAGAUGAGCUCCAUGGUCGCUUCUGAACGUGCUACCCACUCGGGAUACGUGACCAAGGCACGCGAGCUCGCCAAGCGUCUUGAGGUGUACGACAGCCUCGAGGCUGACCUCCGCCGCCUCGUCGAUCUGGAGCGCGAGAUCGAUUCCCAACGAGCAAAGAGCGAAGAGCUCACACGCAACCGUACAGCCCUGCGAGCGCGUGUGGAGCAGGGGAAGAUUGAGCGUGAGGGACUAGAAGAGCGUAUUAAGCAGCUCGAACGACAACAGAGGAACACCGAAGACAGGCUGGAGCGCCAGAAGAGGAUCACCGAGGAGAGCCGCGCAGAGGCCAAGGCCAAGAUCCAGGCUUUGAAAGACGACUACGUCGUGCGUUCAAAGGAACGCCAGGGACUCAACAAGGAGCGCGAGCGUAUCCUUGCCGACCACAAGGCUGUCACUGCCGAGAUGGACGCCUUUGUCGAGGAGAACGAGCACGAGCUCAACGAGCUGUUGGCUCAAUACUGGACGCUGCGAAAGGAAGCUGAGGACUAUAUGAACACGAUGUCGGUCAAGCUUGGCCUCGGGGUCUAG